AUGUCCAAAGCAACGAUUUUACCAAUAUAUCACCCAUUAGCACCCAUUAGUACAUAUCAUCAUGAUCCAAAGAAUAAUUCAUUAAUUGACAUUUGUGAUUAUUUUUUAAGGACCAAAAAAUUUAAAAUAUUAGGAAUAACAUUUGCGAUAUUUUUAUGUUCGUUAUGGGUGGUAGCACACGUUAGUGGUAGUGGAUUUAACAUUCAUAAUUUACGAUAUUAUAAUAAGAAUAAUAAAGCCGCUAUCGCCGCCGCUUGGGUUUUGGGUGAAGGUGGUGAAGAGGGAAUUCAUGGAUUGGAAGUGGAAAAUCAUGGUCGUGUCAGUGCAAAUGGUCAUAGUCAUGGCGUUCAUGAACCACUAGAGAUCAAUCAUUAUAUUGAAAUCACAUCAUCUUCACAGAAUUAUCCAAAUGUCGCUCAACAACGUUUUGAAGAAGCUUUGAAACAAGACAUGUACCUUGAUGAUUUAACUUAUAUUGAGCCACAAAGUAAAUUGGAAUUGGAGAUUAAUAAUUUAGUUCACGAACAUAAAAUUAUCAUUUUCAGUAAAUCUUAUUGUGCAUAUUCACAAAAAGCAAAGAAUAUUUUUUCACUGUACAAUAUUAAUCCACGUCCCUUUAUCAUUGAAGUCGAUGAAAGAGAUGAUGCGGAUGAAGUCAAACAAACAUUGAUUAAAUUCACUUAUCAGAGUACAUUCCCAAAUAUCUUUAUCAACGGUAGAUCUAUUGGUGGUAGUGAAGAUCUUGCUAUUAUGCAUAUAAGUGGUAGAUUAGAAGAAUUACUUAUUGAAGCCAAUGUUCUCACCGAAUAUUAUGCUCACCCAGCUUUAUAA